AUGUGCAGCGCAGAAAGGAUGUGCGAUCGUGGCUCGUGGUCGUCGACGCCGUUUAUUUCCGGGACGGCGUUGCCCGGCGCAGUUUUCUUUCUCGUGUGCGACAUGCCAGUUGGCGGGCAGCCGUCGAGCGACGUGGAGGAGCGCGUGCGCCGCCUGGAGGCCGACAAGGAGUCGCUGCAGCUGCAGGUGGCCGUGCUGAGCGAGCAGAUCGAGGAGAUGCUGGCACGUUCCUCUUUGGAGACACACAAACUUGAACUUUUGUCUGGUAUCUCAGAACUCAAACUCCAACAAGCUGCCAUUGAAAGAGAAAAUUUGGAAUUACGAGAACGACUUAGCGAGGAACGUCGACGAAAUAAGCCUCCCUUAGCACCACGCUCUGUACUGCACGCUACGUCCACUCCUUUCUCUUCCCCUUCCCAAAAUGCUCAGUUAUUGGUUGGAGCUUCACCAUCUCCAUCACCUGUUUCCUCAAUGUCGGAUGGCAGUCCUCGCCGGCUUGGAAACGAGGAAAUCCCUCAGCCACGAACACCCCCAGCAAAUUUCCGUCGCAAAGUGGAUCAUUAUGGUAGUUUGCCACGCCAGCGGACUGGGUCUGGCAGUUCAAUGCCCCCUCUGGAUCCCAACCUUCUUGUGAGCAGUGGACGAAAGGGAGUGGCAUUCGCUGAAACUGAACGAGUAGUUAUUGAUGACCAACCUGCUGUGGAGGAGGAAAAUAAUAUUGUGAAUAGUUUCUCUCCACAACCCAGUCCACUAUUACAACCUCAAAAGAAUAAAGGCAUCAAGAAAAUUUUUGGCAGAAUUAAGCGUAGCAAUUCAGGGACUUUGGAAGACUUGCCAGGAGAAGGAGAGUUUCGACGAGGUGGAGUGCGAGCCACAGCUGGUGCUCGCCUUGGAUGGGGAACAGCCCCAACACCUGCUCCUAAACCUGAUUUGCCCUUCUCGCAAUGGGAUAGUGAAGCUAUCUCCCAAUGGCUAUCUGAUCUGGGUUUAGAAUGUUAUGCAAAUGAUGCUCGCAGAUGGGUGAAAACUGGGGCACAAUUGCUCUCAGCAUCUACUCAUGAAAUUGAUAAGGAGCUUGGUAUCAAGAGCCCAAUUCACCGUAAGAAACUGCAGUUAGCAUUACUCUGUGAAGCGGAAAAUGGUAUUGUCAAACCGGAAGAUCCACAUCUGUUAUCAGCAGGACGAUUAGAUACUGCCUGGGUUCUACGAUGGCUGGACGAUGUUGGCCUCCCACAGCACAAAGAAUCCUUUUUGGCUGCUCGAGUGGAUGGCCGUGUGUUACAUCGUCUAACUGUAGAUGAUCUAGCACUCUUGCAUCUCAGCUCGAGUUUGCAUGUUGCAAGUUUGCGCCGUGGUAUACAAGUUCUUCGUGACCAUGGAUUUGACCCAAAUUGUCUGUUGCGAAGAUCAUUACCAGAUGAGACUGGUGCACCAACACCUCAAGAUGUAGCACGAUGGACAAAUCAUCGAGUUAUGGAGUGGCUGCGAGUUGUGGAUUUGGCUGAGUAUGCUCCUAAUCUGCGUGGAUCUGGAGUGCAUGGUGGUUUAAUGGUACAUGAACCACGUUUUACAGCAGAACUGCUUGCCAGUUUACUUUCUAUCCCACCCAGCAAAACAUUAUUACGUCGUCACCUUAACACACACUUUAAAGAACUAUUAGGACGUGAAUGUAUUCAAGAAAAGCGUGAAGCUGAAGCUACAUUAGGUUAUGUCCCCUUAUCAGCAACAACCAAAGUUAAGCUCGCCAAGAAAAGUCAGUUCACUUUGAAGCGAAAAAAGUCAAAGGCUGAACUGGACAUGGGUGACUUGGUGUGCCCGUUGGAUCCCUCCAAGCCAGGUGAAGGCUCGCCUCAGACCCCGCCCUUGCACCUGCACGGUGAUGGCAUAUCACCUGCGAGCAAAGCUCCAAAAGCAGGGGUUGCCUCUCAGGGAACUGACACCAACAGCCUGGCUGAGUCCUCAGCCUCAGACCGCACCAGUACUGUGUGAAUCUGUUGCCAACAUUGCGCCUGGCUGCUUUCCCAGCAGCAGCCAACCAUUGCUCAUACUGAGCCUCCUAGUCUUCUUCCAUCUCCCCACAUACUGGUAGUCACACGUAAGCUUUAGGACAAAUCUUGCAGAUGCUCAUCUCAGAGACUUGUUCAUUGUAGUUUAAAUUCUUUCAAAUAAAAUGGAUAUUUUUUUUUAAUUGAUUCAACUUAAUUUGUUUAAGUUUGAUUAUUCGAAAAUGUGUCUUAUAGAAAUACAAUAAAUAACUUCGAAGGAGGUUGUUUUAUUUACUUGUAGCAUCAUUACUCCUUAAGCAAUUUGCAUUUUAUGACAUAUCUAUACUUCUAUCACCCAAAUUAGUUGCAGGGAAAUUGUGAUAAUAAAUUAAAAAUGAGAAAGUAACUUUUCCAGUAUUACAUAGGCAAGAGAUAUGUAAGUCCAUUUGUAGCAUUCAAAAUUCACAAGAUAAUAGAAAAUGCUGAAUGAAAUAAUUUUUGCAAUGCAAUUGUAUUACUUCCAUAUCAAUAAUUAAAAACACAUCUUGUGAAGUUUAACUAUUAUAACUGUUACUAGAUUUUACACCCAGUUUGACAAAGACUUUGAAUACACCAUCCAUCCUAAGAACCAUUUGUUUUGUUUCACACUAUGAUCGUGUUGAUAUUCCCCCCAAAGUAUUACCAUCUGCUAGAGUUGUUACAAUAUUUUCUUAAUUUUUAUUCUUUUUAUUUUUCUUCUUAUAUGGUAGUUUUGCUGUAAAAGGUAUUCAGAAUUGAGUCUAAACAUUGAUAAGGGGAUGGAAAUAUUAUAUUUCUGAAGAAGUGGAGGAAUAUUUACCAAAGAACAAAAUACACUGCAAAUGCAAGUCAUUGUUGUAAUGUGAAAACCCUUUUAGAUGAUAUAAAUGAUAUUUAAUUAUUUUUGUAACAACUCUGGCUAAUAUUAACUUCUGAUUGUAAAUUUUUGAGUAAAUUAUCUCUGACAUGUCUGUUCAAUUUUUGCACUACAUGAGGCCAUUUUAAAUUUAAAAUUUUCAGAUAAUAAACAUAAUACCUAUGAUAAGAUAAAAGUUUUAAAUAAAUUUUACCCUGAGCUAUACAAUUGUGUGGUUAUCAAAUGAAUAAGACAGUUUUAUCUAUUGAAAAUUUGUACGUAAUAGUUUGCUAUUAAGUUCAGUUUUUUUCAGCUAAAGCUUUCUUUCAGAAUAGAUAACUACCAAGCCUCUGUGGUUUGAAUUAUUGUCAGAAUUUUUUGACACCAAUUGACACACAUGAAACAAUUGAAAGCAACAAUAAUAGUCGGUAUGUGGAUAGAGAGGACUAGACAACUAUUUGGGGCAUUUUUAUGUGAACAAUCAUAAUAUGUAGUGUAACAAUUUUGUAUAUUUCAGAGUACUUAUACAUGUUUUGGUGGCACUGAGGAAUGGAUUAUAGUAGCACGACAGCUGUAUUUUGUAUUUGACAUUCCAGCUCUGCUACUAUAAUGAAUACAUAUUUCAGUAAAUUUUAAGUAAGACAUGGAUGUUCAAACUUAUUAGUUGUUUUGACAUUGUUGUGCUACUUUUACAAGACAACCAAGAAAUCACAAUCUGUAAUACUAUAUAUUUUGUAUUCCAGAGUGUGUAACACAUAUUUUGGCGCUGUAAUUGAUCCAAAGAGCUUGAAAAUAUCUUGUGAUAGUCUUGUAAAGCAGUUUUUUUAUAUUUCUUUUGACAGUUUUUAAGCUUGAAUGUCAUUGUCUUUUGUGAAAUGAAACUUAAAGACUGUUUUUGGAAAACAAUUUGUGAAGCACGAUCAUUGUGUGCUUAAACCUGUAUUCUGUUUCAAUUCAUUUAUUCAGGGACCAAACCUACCUUGUUGACCAAGAGAUACCAGUUUUGUAUGUGUGUGUAUAUAUGUUUUGUUGUGAGAAUAUAAAUGGCUUUUUAUCCCAGCAACAGUAUCGCACAUCAACAGUACAAAGUUAAUAUUUGUACUUGUGUUGAGUAUUGCUUGUACAAAAAUCAUUUGUAGUUUGUGUGUUAGAUUAGCCAAAAGUAAUUUUUAUCAGGAAUCUUCAAAGACAUAUUCCAUUUUUUAUGACUGGGAUAAUACUUAUUCUUUCACAUCUAACAUGUGAAAGACUAACAUUUUUGCUCUUUGACACUUCUUCCAGUACUUUAAGGAAUAGUGCAGGGAAGUAAGAAAUAUUCAUAAGCCACAGUGAUUAUGUAUUAAAUUAUUACUUUCUAUCAUCUGGUUUUAAAAGCGUUACAUAAUUGCAUUUGUUAUCAAUUUGUGCAGGUUAUACUUUUAAAAUACAGUAACAUAGCAUUAAGGAGGAGACUAAGACAAUAACACAGUAAAUGUAAUGUUAGAGCUGAAAUGCAAAAAACAAGACUUCCACAGCCAAUCUGCAAUAAUUAUAUCAUGUGUAUUGUAUAUUUAUUCAUAUGAACAUUAGCAGAAUUCUUGCCCCAUAUGCUUGAAAGAUGAGUUUUAUUGGCCUUGUAAUGCUAGUCAUUAAGAGUUGAUUUUUAAUCUAUCAUAUUAUUAUUAUUUGAAUAUACUAUUUCUUUAAUUUUUCAUAGUUCAGUCACAAUCCCAAAUUUUUGUGAUUUUGCCAUUUUUUGUUUAGGAUAGCGAAAAUUGUUUGUACAUUGAUUAAAAUAUAAAUUGUUUGUAUUUUUUAUUUAAUGUCUCUUAGGUUCACAAAAGAGUUUUUUAUAUCAGCCAUGAGCAUUAAAUGAAUUAUGAUUUGAAGGACUUAAAACUGAGCAUUGUGGAUAUUUUAGAAUUUCAUUUCUUCAUAAUGUAAAUGAUGUAAAAUAUGGAUUCACAUCCAGUCUUUUGAUUAUAGUUUACCCAACUUAUAAAAAAGAAAUGUUCAGUGUCAGAAAAUCAGUAUUCUAAUAUGUUAGAACUUCUUUUCAAUUCUUUUCCAUUAUUAGUUAAAUAUAUUCUUAGUAUAUUUUUAUAUUUUAUUUGCAUUGUGAAUGGAAGUUGGAAAUACUACAAAUACUAAUUAAAAUGGAACUGGAAAUUUGACAAAAAUGUUGAAUGUGAUGUGUAUUCAUGACAUUUAAAAGGAAAUUUUCUGCUCACAACAUGAUUGCUUCAUAUUGGUUCUCAGAAGCAUAUGAGGUCUUUCUUCUGCUGUAAACCAUUGAAAUAUUGUUAGUAAUUCAGACUUUGAAUAAAUGGGAAGUUCUUGUUGACUUUUUCACCUUUCACUCUAACAUGUGAACACGAUGUUCCUCUUAUGAAAGAGAGGAAGUACUUAUUAAUUAAAUGACAUGAGCAAAAAUUGUCAAAGACAUUGAACAGGUAAUGGUAUUGUCUUUUUGGAGAAAUUAUUCAUGCUGUACACUCAGGACUGAAUAAAAUAGUUUUGGUUUCACUGUUCCUGCAUAUUUCUGUCUUUGUAGGAUUUAAAUUAUUUUUAAUUAUAUAAUUUAAGUGUAGGUUACAUUUCAUGCUGGAAAACAAUUGUAUUUGGGGUGAGUUUUUUCACCACCUUAAUGUGGAACAAUGUUUUAUUGAAGAAUUACUUUUUUCCAUCGAAUAGAAAAGAAGAGGUUUUUGAAUGUGCAUAUUCAUAUUCUUCAAAAAGAUUUUAUCUGUAAAGGAAAAUUUAGCAACUUUAUGUUCUCAUGAAAGUACAUUUGCAACAUUUUCUUCUUGAAAUUUUAAUUUCUUUUCAAUUUUUUGUAUUUUAAACAUAAUUUCAUAGAAAUUGUGAAUGAAUCAUAAAAUCUCUUUCAGUAUGAUUUCUUUUUUUUCCAUACUGACAAAUCUUAAUCUCUUUUCCAUGAAUGGAGAUUGUUUAUAUGUAAAUUUGUCUUUAAUCACUUUCAGUUGAUUCAAUACUACAACUGAAUUUUAUUGUUUACUUCUGAUUUGUAUUCCAGGAGUUGACAUUCUAAUGAAACAACAGUUUGUCAUAGCAGUGAAGAGUUUUCACUGAAUGUUACAGUGGUUGAUAUUGUUGAACAUAAUUUGAACACAAAGGAAGUGAACUAUACAGGGAUGUAGGAUUUUGCUGUUGUGUCAGUUACAGAAUUACACAAAAAGACGAAUGUAAAUAUCGUCUGUUAAUUCAUGUAAUGUGAAAACAUUAAUUUACAGGCACUGUUACCAUUAGCACUUAAGAAGAAUAUAUUUGUUUAAAGGAAUUUUAUGGAAGUUGAUAUGAAUUACAAAAUAUGAAUUCAUGUGCUCACUAAUAAAACUGUGUUAACAACAAAUUUUAACAUAUGUACUCUCUUAAUUAAUAAAUAAAUACAUACAUGAUACCAGAUUGUCCAAGUUGAAAAUUAUUUUCUUGUGGUUAAUACAAAGUGUGUAUGUAUACAAAUUAAAGGUAGAGAAAGAAAGGUAAGAACAUUUGACACAAAAUGCCUAUAUUUGAAAAUGUUGAUUUACACAUUCAAUACUCCUAUUGGUACUAUCUACAGAUAUUGGUAAAUGAUGAGGUAGUGAUUGCUAGCCAGCUAAGGACAUUCCUAUUGACAUAUUUCAUAUUUCUUUAUCUUUGUCUUGUUUUUGGCUGACAGUUCUUUUCAAAAGUUCUCUUCUUGUUGGAAAUAAAGCCAUUGGAGAAAAGCUCUUAUGAAGCAAUUUUUUGUAAUUGUUUUUCAUCAUAUUGGUUAUUUCAAUAUUUAUUUGAAAUAGCACAUUUUGCAACUAGCUUAUAAGGCUCUUUAUUGCAAAAGUACUCGUUUUGAAAAUGACCAACGUUAGAAGUUUUUCAUUUUUGAAACAAGUACUUACCAACACAAGAAAGCAACAUUGUAAAUGAGUUGCAUAUGCUAAUUUUUUUUUGAGUAACAGCAUUAUAAAUUUAUAAAAGAACCAAAAUUAAUUUGGGAAACAAAUUUCAAAAGCAGUUUUGCAGUUGGCAAC